AUCUCUGAUGAUUUGCCUAAACCUACUAAUAUCACCUUUGUGUCUGUCAACAUGAAGAAUGUUCUACAGUGGAAUCCACCAGAGGGUCUACAUGGAGUUGAUGUUACAUACAGUGUUCAGUAUUUCAUAUAUGGACAAAAGAGAUGGCUGAAUAAAUCUGAAUGCAGAAAUAUCAGUAGGACCUACUGUGAUCUUUCAGCAGAAACUUCUGACUAUGAACAUCAAUAUUAUGCCAAAGUUAAGGCCAUUUGGGAAACAAAUUGCUCCAAGUGGGCUGAAACUGGACGAUUUUAUCCAUUUUUAGAAACACAAAUCGGCCCCCCAGGCGUGACUCUGAUCCCUGAGGAAAAGUCUAUUUCUAUUAUCCUGACGGCUCCAGAGAAGUGGAAGAAAAAUCCAGAGGACAGCCCUGUGUCCAUGCAACAAAUAUACUCCAACCUGAAGUAUAAUGUGUCCGUGUACAAUACCAAAUCCAAAAGAAUGUGGUUCCAGUACGUGACCAACCACACAGUGGAGCUCACCUGGCUGGAGCCGGCCACUCUGUACUGUGUGCACGUGGAGUCCUUUGUGUCAGGGCCACUUCGCCCCACUCAACCUUCGGAGGAGCAGUGUAUCAGUACUUUGGAAGAUCAAACAUCAGCACUAAAGGUUAAAAUCAUCUUCUGGUACGUUUUGCCCAUAUGCGUGGUCGUGUUCCUCGUUUCUGUAAUGGGAUAUUCCAUUUACCGAUAUAUCCAUGUUGGCAAAGAAAAACACCCUGCAAAUUUGAUUUUAAUUUACAGAAAUCAAUUUGACAAAAGAUUCUUUGUGCCUGCUGAAAAAAUCAUGAUUAACUUCAUCACCUUCAAUAUUCUGGAUGACUCCAAAGCUCCCCAGAAGGAUGUGAGUUUUGUGGAAGAGGGCAGGGAUGGCUCUGACGUUCUGGAUCUGGGGUCUGGGAAGCUGUUGCAACCCCUAGAGGAAGAAGCAGAAGUGAAGCACUUAGGUUAUGCAUCACACGUGGUGGAACUUGUCUGCGACUCGGGAGACAGUCCCAGAGAUCCUGUCUUCAUCCAGCAAGAGUCACUCAGUGGAACCACACCUACAGAUCAAACUGUCACCAUGUGUGAAGAGGACGUGCAAAAUGACACUGAGUGGGAACCUGGAGAUCAGGAGGGCAGCACACAGAAGGAGGCAUCCAUACCAGAAACAUCAUUGGAGCCACAGGCCAACUCAGACCCACAAACAUUCCUGCAUUCAUAUACCCCUCAGCUUAGAGACUUACAGUACCUGGCACAGGCACGCAGAGACUCGGAGGAGGGGCCAGAGGAAGAACCAUCGAUAACGCUGGUUGACUGGGACCCUCACACUGGCCGCCUAUAUAUACCCUCCUUACCCAGCUUUGACCAGGAGCCCGAGAGCUGGGAGCAUGCUGAGUGUGCCCAGCCCAUGGAGGAGAGCCUGUUAUCCAGACUCAUGGAGAAGCAGGCUCCCGACGACAAGCCACUGGAAGAAAGUAAAACCUAUCUCAUGCAGUUUAUGGAGGAAUGGGGGUUGUACGUUCAAAUGGGAAAUUAA